CGGUCCGGUGGCGCCGUCCGGGGCUCAGGGCGCCGGGCCGUCGGACGGCGGGGUCCGGCCCCCGUCGGGCGCCCUCGGCCCCGGGAGCAACAGCGGGAACGAGCCCCGGACCGGGACACAGAAGAGGGGCCAACCAACCCCGAGGGGAUGGAUCACCCGGUGCACAGAGGGGAGCUGAUGUCUGCGGUUCUCCACGACCGGGACCGAUCUCUGGUGGAAGAGGAAGACCCUCACAUGAAAGUGUCCCUCGCUGGCGGUGGCGAAAUGGGAGUGUCGGCCCACCUGCAGUCUUCCAAGACAGGAACCACCCGCUUUUUCACCAGCAAUACCCAUAGUUCUGUGGUCUUACAGGGCUUUGACCAGCUGCGGAUGGAAGGGCUGCUUUGCGACGUGACCCUGGUCCCGGGGGACGGGGACGAGGUGUUUCCCGUCCACAGGGCGAUGAUGGCGUCGGCCAGCGAUUACUUCAAAGCCAUGUUCACAGGCGGAAUGAAAGAGCAAGACUUGAUGUGCAUUAAACUCCAUGGUGUGAACAGGAUCGGCCUGAAGAAGAUUAUCGAUUUCAUCUACACUGCCAAGCUUUCUCUGAGCAUGGACAACCUUCAGGACACUCUGGAAGCUGCCAGCUUUUUGCAGAUUUUACCCGUUUUGGAUUUCUGUAAAGUUUUUCUUAUAUCCGGGGUCUCUCUGGAAAACUGCGUGGAGGUGGGGCGGAUCGCCAACACCUACAACCUGACGGAGGUGGACAAGUACGUGAACAGCUUCAUCCUGAAGAACUUCCCCGCCCUGCUGAGCAGCGGCGCGUUCCUGCAGCUGCCGUUGGAGCGCCUGGCCUUCGUGCUGGCCAGCAACAGCCUGAAGCACUGCCCGGAGCUGGAGCUGUUCAAGGCGGCCUGCCGCUGGCUGCGCGCCGAGGACCCGCGCCUGGAGCACCCCCGCAUGGAGCACGCCGCCAAGCUCAUGCUCAACAUCCGCUUCCCGCUCAUGCUGCCGCAGGACCUCAUCAACCACGUGCAGACGGUGGACUUCAUGCGCACGGACAACGCCUGCGUCAACCUGCUGCUGGAGGCCAGCAACUACCAGAUGAUGCCCUACAUGCAGCCGGUCAUGCAGUCGGACCGCACCGCCAUCCGCUCGGACAGCACCCACCUGGUCACCCUGGGCGGGGUGCUGCGACAGCAGCUGGUGGUCAGCAAGGAGCUGCGGCUCUACGACGAGAAGGCCCGCCGCUGGAAGUCGCUGGCCGCCAUGGACGCCCCCCGCUACCAGCACGGCAUCGCCGUCAUCGGCAAUUUCCUCUACGUGGUGGGUGGCCAGAGCAACUACGACACUAAGGGCAAGACGGCCGUGGACACGGUCUUCCGCUUCGACCCGCGCUACGACAAGUGGAUGCAAGUGGCCUCGCUCAACGAGAAGCGCACCUUCUUCCACCUGAGCGCCCUGCAGGGCCACCUGUACGCCGUGGGCGGGCGCAAUGCCGCCGGCGAGCUGGCCACCGUGGAGUGCUAUAAUCCCAGGAUGAACGAGUGGAGUUACGUGGCCAAGAUGAAUGAGCCCCAUUACGGCCACGCGGGGACUGUGUACGGGGGACUCAUGUACAUCUCAGGGGGCAUCACCCACGACACGUUCCAGAAGGAGCUGAUGAGCUUCGACCCGGACACGGACCGCUGGGCGCAGAAGGCCCCCAUGACGACGGUGCGGGGGCUGCACUGCAUGUGCACGGUGGGGGACCGGCUCUACGUCAUCGGCGGCAACCACUUCCGCGGCACCAGCGACUACGACGACGUGCUCAGCUGCGAGUACUACUCGCCCGCCCUGGACCAGUGGACGCCCAUCGCGGCCAUGCUGCGCGGGCAGAGCGACGUCGGCGUGGCCGUCUUCGAGAGCAAGAUCUACGUGGUCGGGGGCUACUCGUGGAACAACCGCUGCAUGGUGGAGAUUGUGCAGAAGUACGACCCGGAGAAGGACGAGUGGCACAAGGUGUUCGACCUGCCCGAGUCGCUGGGCGGCAUCCGCGCCUGCACGCUGACCGUCUUCCCGCCGGACGACCUGGCCGCCUCGCCCUCGCGGGAGUCUCCGCUCGCGGCUCCGUGACGGGGGGGCCCCCCCGCCUCUUCGGCCGUGUCGUCGUCGCCGCCGCCUGCCCCGGGGGGCCCGCGAGGGCCGGCCCGGGCCCGCGCUCGACCCACGUGGCGGUGGCGGGGCGGGAGGGCCUCCUGAGGGGACGCGGUAGCGAGCCGGGCGUUUCCGUGCUGCGGGAGGGCUGCCCGCGGGGCAGUCGGGACGUCGUGCCGGUGAAGAGCCCGGGGGUGGGGCCGGGGCACCCUGGCUUGCGACCUCUCACGGAUGUUUUUUCCUCUCGCCACUGACCGUGGAACGGAUGCAGGGAGGAAGGGAGGGUGUUUGAUGGCAAAUCCACCAUGAACUCCGAGCUGAGCUCCCUCCUGGGCCCCCUCCCUCCCUCCCAGCCCAGUGUGUCUGGCCCCACUCCCUCAGUGCAGGCCACCGGGUGCCCCCCACCAAGGGCGGGUGGGGGAACCGACCCCCUUUUUACAACAGGGAAGCAGCAGGCAGAACCAGGUGCCCGGACCCCCCAGCUCCCGUAGCCCACCCUGAGGUUUUUUGUGCGGGGUCACCUCAGGUGGACAUGGGAUGUCCUGGGGUUUUUAAAUCAAGAGGCAGCUGGCACAGCCGGGGUCCUCAGGGAUGGAUAGGCUGGCACCGUGCCCCCCCGCCCCCCCUUCCCCAGAUCAGGGUGGGAAGGAAGGAAGGGCCAGUGAUGUCCCGAGAGGCCCUUGGCCGCACCCUCCUCCCCAGGUGGAAUUAUUUCCGCUUUUUCUCCCGGGCCGUGGAGAUGGCUCGGGGAACCUGCGCCCCUCUCCCUCACUGGGGGUGUCUGUCCGGUGGCUGCCAGGUGAUGCUGGCAGAGCCGGGGGGUGGGGCUGGGCACUCAGCACUCAGGCGAC